AUGAACAUCGAGAAUCAGGAUGCUUUCUUCCAGUGGCUCUGUGAUGAGUUGACCCCGAUUGCCGAUGCCGAUCCAAUUGCCCUGGCAAAAUAUGUGCUCGCAUUGGUAAAAAAGCCCGAUAAGGGUCAAGAAGAGCUGAAAGAAUUCACCAAAGAGCAAUUGAAUGUCUUUUUGCAAGAUCACACUGCUCCAUUUGUUGAUAAGUUGUUCGAUGCGUUGACCAGCAAGAGUUAUUUACCUGCGGAAAGUGCGAAACCUGCCCAGGCUGCUCCCAAGCAAACAUCGCCACCCAAGGAAGAGGCAUCAAAACCAGAGUCUGCUCGCCAGUCGUCUCCCUCAUCUGGAGUUCAGAAGCCGAGCAGCUCGUCAUCUUCUUCGAAAAGUGACAACAAACCAGCGCGCAAGCGGAUAAGUCCACCACCAUCGGAGAAUCGCGAAAAGGAGAAAUCAGCUCGCGACAAGGAAAGACGUCGUUCUCGCUCUCCGCGCGAUCGUCGUGGUCGUCAGGCUCCAUCAUCACGUAGUGGACGAGCUUCAUCUAAUGAUCGAGAUCGCGAACGUCACCGACGACGAUCACGUUCAAGAUCGAGAUCAUCAAGUGGCUCACGGACACCUCCAUACAAAGCUAGAUCUAGUCGACGCCGUUGCAAAGACUUCGAAGAGCGUGGAUAUUGCAUUCGUGGGGAUCAAUGUCCGUACUACCAUGGUCGUGACCCUGUAGUUGUCGAUGAAAACGCACUCAGUUCUAUGGUCCCAAUCCCUUCUGCUCCUCCUAAUUUCUCUUUACCACCACCUGGAUACAACGCGAUCAAUCCACCUCCACCUGGAGUUGUCGUGUCUGCUGGAGAAUACAAUCCAGAGACACCUGCGUUGACAAACUACAGUAUGCCACCACCACCAAUUCCGGGAACUAUCCCGGGAACCAUUCCUGGAGGAUGGUCUCAGCAGCUUCCGGCUGCUCCUCAAUACGUACCACAACCGGUGACAAACUUUUCGCAACCACCACCUUCAACCGGCGGUGCUGUACCUAUUGUUCCGCAACAACCAGGGUCUUUCCGUGGAGGAAUUCGUGGAAGAGGUGCUCCGAGAGGUCGGGGAAGUUUUACUCGUGGAGGUUUCGCUGGCAAUAUCAACAGAGAAAACUGCACUUUACAAGUGGCGAAGAUUCCAGCUGAAAUGAAUAACAUCGCUAAGCUGAACGAACAUUUUGCUACCUUUGGAGUAGUUGACAACAUACAAGUUCGAUACAACGGGGAAAUUGAUGCAGCGCUCGUAACAUACGCAUCUAAGCAUGACGCUUACAAGGCAUACAAGUCACCAGCUCCCGUUCUCAACAACCGGUUCAUUAAAGUGUUUUGGCACAACCCAGGAGGUGAAGGAAUCGACGCUGCAGCAGCCAAAUCGAAUGCUCCAACAUCACCACCGAAACCAACGGAACGGCCUAAAAUUGCAACCGUGCAAGAAUCGAAAUUUGUCAACGUAGCAGCUCUCAAUCACAGGAAACAGCUUCAAGAGGCUAAGGAGAAAUUGACAAACGAGAAGAGCUUGUUAUCGGCACUUGUAGAAGCUCAGAAUCAACACAACGUGAUUCUUGAUAAAUGGUUGGCCAGACAGAAAGAGCUACUUAUCAAAGCAAGAACGUCUCCUGAUGAGGCUGAAAGAAAAAACGCUACUAAGUUGGUCAAGCAUCUGCAUAAGAAAGUCAAAGCGUGCAAAGAAGAAAUAGAUUCGAUUCUUUUGAAAAUUUCUGAAAAGUCAAUGCUCGUGGAUGAAAUAGUUGCCCAAAUCGAAUCUUUGAAAAGUCCGAACAAGUUUGAAGACCCGAGCAGGAAAAGAAAAGCAGCAAGCGAUGGGGAGGAACCGCAGAACAAGUUGAAUAGCAUCGUCGUCGUCAAACACGUAAAGGAAGAAUUGGUUACCGACUUAAUGGCUCAUAUGGAAAAAUUCGGAGAAGUUUUUGAUCAUAGUGUGAAAGCCGAAGAUGAUGGUCUUAUGACUGCCGUCUUUCCAUUUAGAAAGACUGCUGAUGCCCUGACGGUGAUGGAAGAAGGAAAAGUGCUCAAUGGAGUAUCGCUGGAUAUGGAGUUAAAGACCGAGAAGAUCGAGGAAAUCCCUUCAACAGAUACAAACAUGUCGGCUGACCAGUUGCUCGCAGCCAUCCCGAGCAGUCUUGAGUCGGACGAGGACGAUGAUCUUCUAAAUGACUAG